AUGCUAGAAUAUUACGAUGAUGACGCGUAUGUUUAUGACGAUGAUGAUGAGGAUGCACCAAUAACUGCGGAGGACUCGUGGACGGUCAUCUCUGCGUUUUUCCGGGAGAAGGGCCUAGUAUCACAGCAGCUGGACUCGUUUAACCAGUUUAUCAAUUACACGAUACAGGACCUCAUCCUGGAGGACAGCACGCUGAUUCUGGAGCAAUUGGCGCAACACACAACAGAGGCAGACAACAUCAGCAGGAAGUACGAGAUUUCGUUUGGGAAAAUCUACCUAGCCAAGCCGUCGAUGACAGAGUCUGAUGGUGUGUCGCACGCGAUGUACCCCCAGGAGGCGCGACUGCGGAACCUGACGUAUGCAUCCGGGCUAUUUGUGGAGAUCAAGAAGCGCACGUACGAGGCGGUCGACAUACCGGGCAGGGACUUGAAGUACGAAAUCAUCCAGGAGGAGAGCGAGGAUACAGAGGAGGGCAAGAUCUUCAUCGGCCGUGUUCCAAUCAUGCUGCGGUCGAAAUACUGUCUGCUGGAUGACUUGUCGGAAUCGGAUCUCUACCGGCUGAAGGAGUGUCCGUUCGACAUGGGAGGGUACUUCAUCAUAAACGGGUCUGAAAAGGUUUUGAUUGCACAAGAGCGGUCUGCGGGGAAUAUAGUUCAAGUCUUCAAGAAAUCUGCGCCUUCUCCGAUAUCUCACAUAGCGGAAAUCAGGUCCGCGCUUGAGAAGGGUUCACGUUUCAUCAGCACCCUGCAAGUCAAGCUUUACGGUCGUGAGGGCAGUACAUCGCGUACUAUUAAGGCCACACUUCCUUAUAUCAAGCAGGACAUUCCGAUUGUCAUUAUCUUCAGGGCGUUGGGUAUCAUUCCUGAUGGCGAAAUUUUAGAGCAUAUUUGCUACGACCAAAACGACUGGCAGAUGUUGGAAAUGCUGAAGCCAUGUGUGGAGGAAGGUUUUGUCAUUCAGGACAGGGAAACUGCGUUGGAUUUCAUUGGUCGUCGUGGAACGGCACUGGGUAUUAAGAAGGAGAAGAGAAUCCAAUAUGCAAAAGACAUUCUGCAGAAAGAAUUUUUGCCGCAUAUCACCCAGUUGGAAGGUUUUGAGAGUAGGAAGGCCUUCUUCCUUGGUUAUAUGAUUAACCGCCUAUUGCUAUGUGCUUUGGAUCGUAAAGACCAGGACGAUCGUGACCAUUUCGGUAAGAAGAGAUUGGACUUGGCUGGCCCACUGUUAGCUCAACUUUUUAAGACUCUGUUCAGAAAGUUAACCAGAGACAUUCUGCGCUUUAUGCAGAGAUCCGUAGAAGAAGCGAAGGACUUUAACCUAAAAUUAGCAGUAAAGGCGACAACCAUCACAGCAGGGUUAAAGUAUGCGUUAGCCACUGGUAACUGGGGUGAGCAAAAGAAGGCAAUGUCCUCUAGAGCUGGUGUUUCUCAAGUGCUGAAUCGUUACACUUACUCUUCGACACUGUCGCACUUGCGGAGAACGAACACGCCUAUUGGACGUGAUGGUAAAUUGGCCAAGCCUAGACAGUUGCAUAAUACCCACUGGGGUCUUGUUUGUCCUGCAGAAACUCCGGAAGGACAAGCAUGUGGUCUAGUGAAGAACCUGUCUCUGAUGUCCUGCAUUUCUGUCGGCACUGAUCCCGUUCCAAUUAUUACUUUCCUAAACGAGUGGGGUAUGGAACCAUUGGAAGAUUACGUUCCUCAUCAAUCGCCUGAUGCUACCAGAGUGUUUGUUAACGGUGUCUGGCACGGUAUCCAUAGAAAUCCCGCCAGGCUUGUUGACACGAUACGGAAAUUAAGAAGGAAGGGUGAUAUCACUGCCGAAGUGUCUAUUGUUAGAGACAUCCGUGAGAAGGAGCUAAAGAUCUUCACCGAUGCAGGAAGAGUUUACAGACCUCUGUUUGUGGUUGCUGACACGCAACACGCUGAUGGACACAAAGAUUUAAAGGUAAGGAAAGGCCAUAUACGGAAGUUGAUGUUGACUGAAUACCAGGACAUUGAGGGUGGCUUCGAAGAUGAGGACAUUAACUAUACAUGGACUUCUUUGUUGAAUGAUGGUAUUGUCGAAUACAUUGAUGCAGAAGAAGAAGAAACUAUCCUGAUUGCGAUGCAACAGGAAGAUCUGGACCCCAGUGUCCCACAGACAGUAGACCCUAGCGAUGAGCUUGAUCCUGCAAGACGUAUUAAAGCUAUUCAUCAUUCUAAUACCUUUACGCAUUGUGAAAUUCAUCCUUCGAUGAUUUUGGGUGUUGCCGCCUCCGUUAUUCCAUUCCCCGAUCAUAACCAAUCUCCGCGUAACACCUAUCAGUCUGCUAUGGGUAAACAGGCUAUGGGAGUUUUCCUCACGAACUAUAAUGUGCGUAUGGAUACUAUGGCUAACAUUCUAUACUACCCACAGAAACCACUGGGUACAACACGUGCUAUGGAGUACCUAAAGUUCCGUGAACUGCCCGCGGGACAAAAUGCCAUUGUCGCAAUCGCGUGUUAUUCCGGUUACAACCAGGAAGAUUCCAUGAUCAUGAACCAGUCUUCCAUUGAUUCCGGGCUAUUUAGAUCCCUAUUUUUCAGAUCCUACAUGGACCAAGAAAAGAGAAUUGGUAUGUCUAUUACCGAAUCUUUUGAAAAACCUCACCGUACCAAUACUCUGCGGAUGAAGCAUGGUACGUACGAAAAACUUGAUGACGACGGACUGAUCGCCCCAGGUGUCAGAGUGUCUGGUGACGAUAUUAUCAUUGGUAAAACGACACCAAUACCGCCAGAUGCUGAGGAACUGGGACAAAGAACUGCAUUCCACUCUAAACGUGAUGCUUCCACCCCGCUGAGAUCAACAGAAAACGGUAUUGUUGACCAGGUCUUGAUUACAACCAACCAAGAGGGUUUGAAAUUUGUAAAGGUCAGAGUGCGUACUACCAAGGUUCCACAAAUCGGUGACAAAUUUGCAUCCCGUCACGGUCAGAAGGGUACCAUCGGUAUCACUUACCGCAGGGAAGACAUGCCUUUCACAGCAGAAGGUGUCGUUCCAGAUCUGAUUAUCAACCCGCACGCCAUUCCUUCUCGUAUGACAGUCGCCCAUUUAAUCGAAUGUCUGUUGAGUAAGGUCGCGGCCUUGUCUGGUAACGAAGGUGAUGCUUCUCCAUUCACGGAUAUCACGGUGGAUGGGAUAUCUAAACUGCUUCGCGAGCAUGGUUACCAGUCCCGCGGGUUUGAAGUUAUGUACAAUGGCCACACAGGGAAGAAGCUGAUGGCACAGAUCUUCUUCGGCCCAACCUACUACCAGAGAUUGAGACACAUGGUCGACGACAAGAUCCACGCGAGAGCAAGAGGCCCGAUGCAGGUGCUGACAAGACAACCUGUGGAAGGUCGGUCGAGAGACGGUGGUCUCAGAUUCGGUGAAAUGGAACGUGACUGUAUGAUUGCCCACGGCGCGGCGGCGUUCCUGAAAGAAAGACUCAUGGAGGCAUCCGACGCCUUUAGAGUACAUAUCUGCGGUAUCUGUGGCCUGAUGACCGUAGUUGCUAAGUUGAAGCAUAACCAGUUUGAGUGUCGCGGGUGCAAGAACAAAAUCGACAUUUACCAGGUCCACAUCCCAUACGCCGCCAAACUGCUCUUCCAGGAGCUGAUGGCCAUGAAUAUCGCACCACGUCUAUAUACCGAUCGCUCGAGAGAUUUUUAA